UUGUUUUUGUUAAAUAAAUAUCCAUCCCACUUGGCGUCACGCUUUCUCCAUAUCUGUUAACUGGUGACGCGCCCGAUCCGCCCUUUCUCUCUGAUGGUCAAAACCCUACAAAUAGAACCAUAACGGAGAAAUCGAGUCCACGCACAUCUCCAUAUCGUUAGAUAGUUCUAUUUAUAGUGAACAAUGGGAGGAGGAUUCAGAGUGCUGCACCUUGUGAAACCAUUUCUUUCAUUCCUACCAGAAGUUCAGAGUGCUGACAGGAAGGUUCAAUUUAGAGAGAAGGUCACCUAUACUGUAAUAGCACUUGCUAUUUUUCUGGUUUGCAGCCAGCUCCCUCUUUAUGGCAUACAUUCUACAACUGGCGCGGAUCCAUUUUACUGGAUGCGUGUCAUUCUUGCCUCAAACCGUGGUACAGUCAUGGAACUUGGAAUUACUCCAAUCGUGACUUCUGGAAUGGUCAUGCAAUUGUUAGCUGGAUCAAAAAUCAUUCAAGUGGACAACAAUGUCCGCGAGGACAGAGCACUCCUUAAUGGUGCUCAAAAGUUGUUGGGUAUCCUGAUUGCUGUCGGUGAGGCAGUUGCUUAUGUCCUGUCAGGGAUGUAUGGCAGUGUGGCCCAACUGGGUGUUGGAAACGCUAUCCUCAUUAUCCUUCAACUCUGCUUUGCCGCUAUCAUUGUCAUGUGCUUAGAUGAACUUCUUCAGAAAGGAUAUGGUCUUGGCUCUGGAAUUUCCUUGUUCAUAGCUACCAAUAUCUGUGAAAGCAUUAUCUGGAAGGCGUUUAGUCCCACAACUAUCAAUACAGGGCGUGGUGCCGAAUUUGAAGGUGCUAUUAUUGCUCUGUUCCAUCUUAGUAUUACUAGAGCAAAUAAGAUCAGCGCCCUUCGCGAGGCUUUCUACCGGCAAAGCCUCCCCAAUGUGACAAAUCUUCUUGCAACUGUGUUGAUCUUCUUCAUUGUUAUCUACUUCCAAGGAUUUCGUGUAGUUUUGCCAGUUAGAUCUAAGAAUGCUCGCGGACAGCAAGGUUCUUACCCAAUCAAACUCUUUUACACCUCAAACAUGCCUAUUAUUCUUCAGUCCGCACUUGUCUCCAACCUUUAUUUCAUCUCUCAGUUGCUCUACAGGAAGUACGGUGGAAAUUUCAUCGUGGAUAUGAUAGGAACUUGGAAGGAAUCUGAAUAUUCUGGACAAUCUGUUCCUGUUGCUGGUCUUGCUUACCUUGUUACUGCGCCAUCAAGGUACUGUUCCCCUUUUCUUCAUCUAAUCUAUCUCUAUUUGGUGUUAAAGUUCUUCAUGAGUCUGGGUUUAGCCCCAUAUCUUGUACUUGUUCCUUCUUCAGCAAGUGUCACUGAUUGCCAACAUUUUUAUGAUUUCAGUUUGGCAGAAAUGGUGUCACAUCCAUUCCAUGCUCUUUUCUACAUAGUGUUCAUGUUGUCAGCCUGUGCCCUGUUCUCAAAGACUUGGAUUGAAGUUUCUGGAUCAUCUGCCAGAGAUGUUGCCAAGCAGCUUAAGGAGCAACAAAUGGUGAUGCCUGGGCAUCGUGAUUCCAACCUGCAGAAGGAAUUAAAUCGUUACAUACCUACUGCAGCUGCCUUCGGAGGAGUUUGCAUUGGUGCGUUGACAGUUUUGGCAGACUUGAUGGGAGCGAUUGGAUCAGGAACUGGAAUUCUUCUAGCAGUUACAAUCAUUUACCAGUAUUUUGAGACAUUUGAGAAGGAGAAGACUGAACUAGGCAUGUUUGGUUUGUAGGCUGUUUAGCGUUUAUGCCCUCCUUCAAUCCAAGAGAGCAAUGUAGCAAACUUGUUGGCUUCUUACGGAUAGAUAUUAAGGCCACAAGUUUUUCUGUUAAAUUUUGUAAGUUCUUUUGUUUUUAACUGUGCCAAUGAGCCUGAAUGUUUACAAGACAAGACUAGGUUAAUUUACUGAAAUUCUCACAGAA